AACGAUAUGGUGGCAGUCACGUGACUCAGCGCAGGGGCCCGGACAGACAGCAUCAGAAUCAGAGCCAGCAGCGCUAAAAACACACUCAUCGGACAUCUACACACACAGGAAACCCCGAUGCUGAUUGGCCAGCGGCUCCUCUGAUGCGAUGACGUCACAGGUGGAGCCGGCACUCCCGCGCUCGAGCAGCUGACCUGCAAGAGAGUCUCGUCUGCAUGCUGCAGCGAUGAGCUCGCGGAGAGGAGCGUUCCGUCUGGCGAUGACAUCAAAGUGAACUGCGCGCCGGGCGACAUGACGUCAUGAGGACACAUUUUUAACAUAAAGGUGGAGAGGGUUUUCCGUGACCAGAUAUUUUUGGCCUCAUUGCAUGGAUGUACAGCUGAAGUCCAAAGUGAACGCACCUGAAAUAUUCUUUCGAAAGGCACUGUUAUAUUUACGGUUGUCGGCGUGACAUAAUUCAUGUGCCUUGUAAGAAGUUUUAUGCAGUUCUUCGGAUGCAUUUGCACCAAAAGCGGUCGUGAACUGGCAGCCGCUCUCACCUGGACCCCAAGGACCCAACGGUGAGCAGGGUGACUGAGUGGAUUUACGUUAAAUCAUUCGUGGAGCUCCAAGCAGGUAUGUUUGCGACGGUGGAACAUGGCCCCGUCCUGUGCAGCGACUCCAACAUCCUGUGCCUGUCGUGGAAAGGUCGAGUGCCCAGGAGCGAGAAGGAGAAGCCCGUCUGCAGGAAGCGAUACUAUGAGGAGGGGUGGCUGGCCACGGGGAACGGCAGAGGGGUCGUAGGGGUGACGUUCACCUCCAGCCACUGCCGGAGAGACAGAACCACCCCGCAACGCAUCAACUUCAACCUGAGAGGACACAAUAGUGAGGUGGUGUUAGUGAGGUGGAAUGAACCCUUUCAGAAGCUCGCCACAUGUGACACAGAUGGUGGGAUCUUCGUUUGGAUCCAGUACGAGGGCCGCUGGUCUGUAGAGCUGGUCAAUGAUCGAGGUGCUCAGGUGAGUGACUUCACGUGGUCUCAUGAUGGGACUCAGGCUCUGAUCUCGUACCGUGAUGGUUUCGUUUUGGUGGGGUCGGUAAGCGGUCAGCGCCACUGGUCUUCUGAAAUCAACCUGGAGAGUCAGAUCACCUGUGGCAUAUGGACCCCCGACGACCAGCAGGUGUUGUUUGGCACAGCAGACGGUCAGGUGAUCGUCAUGGACUCUCACGGGCGGAUGUUGGCUCAUAUUCUGCUUCAUGAGGCAGAAGGUAUUGUCAGCAUGGCCUGGAAUUAUCCCAGCUUUCUGAUGGAGGACAGCAGUGAGAGCGACACCGACUCGGACGAUUAUGCACCGCUGCAAGUGCACAGCCUGAAGCCGCUGUUGACUGUCUGCUUCACAUCUGGAGACAUCAGUCUGAUGAGCAACUAUGAUGACCUGUCCCCGACACUAAUACGCACUGGCCUCAAAGAUGUGGUCGUGCAGUGGUGCUCUCAGGGUGACCUGCUGGCUGUUGCUGGGAUGGAGAGACUUGGGGUGACCCCUGACCCUGCUGUUGCUCAAGCAACCCAAAAUGCCAUUGUUAAGUUUUACAAUGUCAGUGGUGAACACAUUUACUCACUGGAAACACCUGCUCAGAGACCGAUAAGUACGCUGUGCUGGGGCCAUCGGGAUUCUCGUCUUUUCCUCGCUUGCGGCCCAGCUUUGUACGUGGUUCGUGUGGAACACAGGGUGACCAGUCUGCAGCUGCUGUGUCAGCAGGUCAUCGCAAGUGCAGUUCAUGAGGAGAAGGAUGUAGCCAAGCUGAACAUGCCCUCGCGCUUAAGCACAUACGUGUCCUCUGCCUUCGCUCCAACCAUAAAGCCCCCCAUCCCAGAUCCCAACAACAUGCGAGACUUUGUUAGUUACCCGACAUCAGGUAAUGAACGUCUACACUGCACUAUGAAGCGCACUGAGGAUAACCCUGAGGUUGGCGGUCCGUGCUACACCUUGUACCUGGAGUAUUUGGGGGGGCUUGUCCCUAUUCUGAAAGGCCGCAGGAUUAGCAAGCUCCGCCCUGAAUUUGUCAUCAUGGACCCAAAGACUGAUGGGAAAACGGAUGAAGUUUAUGGGAACAGCUUCAUUCCUUCCAUGAUUGACAGCUGCAAUUGUUCAGAUUCUAGUGACAUUGAGCUGAAUGAUGAUUGGGUGGGAAAGAAAUCACCAAAGAUUUCCAGAGGGAGCAAGUCUCCCAAACUUCCCAGAGACUUAGUGUGUCCCUUUACCAACAGGAUAAAUAUAGAUCCCCGUAAGUCCCCCAAGCUCUCCCGCACCACACAGGAAAUAUCCCGAUCACCACGGUUACCCAUUCGCAAACCCUCCAUCAGCUCUCCAAGUCUGACUCGCCGAGAGUUCCCUCUAGAUGACAUCACACAGCACAAUUAUCUUGCGCAAGUUACGUCCAACAUAUGGGGAACAAAGUUCAAAAUAGUAGGACUAACAGCAUUUUUGCCAACAAAUCUUGGUGCAGUUAUCUACAAGACAAGUCUGCUUCACCUCCAGCCUAGACAGAUGACCAUCUACCUCCCUGAGGUGAGGAAGAUCUCUGUGGACUACAUAAACCUACCUGUGUUCAGUCCUAACGUCUUCAGUGAGGAUGAGGAUGAUCUGCCUGUCACAGGAGCAUCAGGAAUCACUGAUGAUAAUCCACCUUGCACUGUCAACAUACCAAUUGCCCCCAUACACAGUCCUGCCCAAGCCAUGUCUCCAACCCAAAGCAUUGGCCUGGUCCAAUCCCUACUAGCCAAUCAAAAUGUCCAUUUGGAUGUAUUGUCUAAUCCAACAUCCACGAUGGCACCACCUGGGGUGGCUGACCAAGGACAACAGGACACUGUGCUCACUACACAGUACACUGUUCCUGCCAGGUACUCUAGCCCUGGCCAGGUGAUCUUUGGAGGUUUGGAAGUUGGACGGCUUUUAGUUCCCCAGCAUCCAACGUCCCAACAACAACAGCAGCAACAGCAAUCUCAACAACAGCAGCAGCAGCAACAGCAAUCACAGCAUCAGCAACAUCAACAACAGCUGCAACAACAUCUCCAGCAACAGCUUCAACAAUAUCAGCUUCAACAGCAACAGAUGUUGCAACAUCAGCAGAUGCAGCAGCAGCAACACAUGCAGCACCAGAUCCAACAGAUGCAGCAACAACAGCAAAUGCAACAGCAACUUCAGCAUCAAAUCCAACAGCAGCAUCUACAAAUGCAACUGCAGCUACAGCUACAGCAACAGCACCAGCACAUGCAGCAGCAGUUGCAACAGCAGCAUCAGAUGCAAAUCCCUGUUCCACCUUUGCCCUCAGGUCAACCAUCAUGCCCCUUCAUUCAGAGCACAAUACCAGUUCCUCCUCCUACAGGAGAGAACAGUACAGAACAAGGGGAGCAUGAGCUCCUGCUUAAGAUCAAGACUAAUCGUUCUGCCCCACAAUUGGCUGAGGGUGAUGCUGUAGUUUUCACUGCUCCCCUUGAGUUAAGCAAAAUGAACCCUCCCCCUCCCUACCCUGGCACAGUUGCCGCUGCAGUGGCAGCUGCAGCUGCAGUCCCAGCAGCUUCCUCUGCAAGUUCCACCUCUGGAGCAGCCGGGGGAAGCUUUAGCAUACCACCCUCAGGGGAAGUUUGUAUAAAGAAAGGGGAUCUGACCAUGUAUCCACCGGGUGUACAGGUGGCUCAGUACCCAACACCGCUGGGCUAUGAACGCAUCACCACCUUUGACAGUAGUGGUAAUGUGGAGGAGGUGUGCCGUCCCCGUACGCGACUUGUUUGCAACCAGAAUGUUUACACACUGCAAGGCCCAGGAAGCUCUGCCACCCUCAGGGUCUCAACAUCUUCCUCUACUGCAGAGGGGAAGGUGCAGCUGCCCUAUGCCUCAGCCACAUUGAACCGUCUCACUGUGCCAAGGUACUCUAUACCCAGUGGGGACCCACCCCCUUACCCUGACACAGCCAAUCAGGCUGCAGCAGGGCGGAGCCCUGGGCAGAGACUCGACAGCAGCCUGAUUCAUGCUACCAUGAGGCGGAACAGUCGAGAAGCUGCGCUGAAGGUUUCUCAGAUGCUGGAUCCCCAGAGGACACUCCCCUCAAAGGCCAAAGCCAGUACUUUGUCUGCUUCCUACCAGCAGAGAGGGCCAACAGAUCUUUAUACAUGCAGCCAGUGCAGUAGUAACAGUGGUGUUAGUGGUGGGGCCACUAGCAGUGGAAGUAACGGAAUAGCUGGUGGUACAAUCAUUAGGCAAGAUUUCCCACCAACUGGGGGUUGUGCACCUCACAGCACAGUUAUAGUGCACUCUAACAGUGCCUCGCCUCUGCCUUCCCAAUCCUCCUAUAAUCUGCUCAGUAUAGAUGGCAGCAGUGGGGUAACUAGUGGAGGUGGAAUCAGGGAAAGGGCUGACUAUAUCAACUCUGCCUUUACAGAGGAUGAGGCUCUCAAUCAGUCUCUGAGGCAAAUGGCUCUUAAUACAGAGGUAAUGAGUUUGACAGUCAAACGGCCACCGCCGUAUCAAUGGGAUCCAUCUGCUUCUGAAGAGAUUUGGGUUCCUCAAGAGCGUACAGUGACUCUGUCCACCUCUGGACCUCCUGCAUCCCACAAACCUCCCUCACUCAUCCUUAGCCCUGCACAACAUCUGGAAGUUUCCCAUCUUUCAUUUGUCUUCUCUCCUAAAUCUCCAACAAGUCCUAAUGCCACAACAUUCCAAACACCAGGAGCUUAUCAGAUUGCUCUGCCCUACCCACCAAGUGCAGCGUACAGUGGUCCACACCUUCAGCCCGUACAAGCAUCUCCACGUCCCUCCUCGCCCAAAGAAGUGGUUGCUCCACUUUCCUUUUCCCAGCAAGACCAGGCAAUAGUCUUGCCACCUGGUUUUCCACCCAAUUUGCCCAACCUUGCUUGCUGCCCCCUCCCACCAAUGUACCCUGGGCUAGCUUCUUGUUCCAGUCUCCCUGUGACUUCGAUUCCUCUUCAUCCAUGGGGAACUUACAAUCCCUGUCCACCCAUGCCAAGCCCCUCAGGCCCUGCCCCGACCCUUCCACCAAAGGCCUCCCACAUGCUAGAUAAGACUGUUCUCUCUCCUCCCCCUCAACUACCCCCUCUGCCUUCACCCCCACCAGAUCCCCAGAGUGUAGUCAGUCCUCCAGAGGCCAACGCUGAGGCUGGGGAGGGCUUUCAAGAGGUGCUUUCACUGAACGAAAGCCCAGUUCCCCAACGAGCAGACAGGUUUGGCAAGAAGAACCGAAAGCGGUUGGACAACAGUAGAGCAGAUGAAGCCAAUGUUCCAGCAAUCACAGAGGGAGGCAAUAAGUCCAAAAAAGACGGCCGUGCCCUUGGCGACUUCAACUCCCUCAUCUCCAGUCCAAGAUUGGGUGGACGAGACAAGAAGAAACCUAAAGGCCAGAAAGAGCAGCUGAAAGCCAAAAAGCUAAGCAAGGCCACAACGAACGAGUUCCAGGACAGCUCAGAGAGUGAGCCAGAGCUCUUCAUCAGUGGAGAUGAGCUGAUGAACCAGAGCCAGAGCAGUAAAAAGAGCUGGAAGGCAAAAAGGAACUUACGAGCUGGAGGUUGCGAUCUAGACGAAAUCAAAAGUCGAAAGGCUCAUGAGAAAGAGGACCGUGGCCUCGGCAGCCAGGGCUUUGUCUACAUUAUGGCCAACAAACAGCCUCUUUGGAAUGAAGCCACUCAGGUCUACCAGCUGGACUUUGGAGGGAGAGUCACGCAGGAAUCAGCAAAGAACUUCCAGAUUGAGCUUGAGGGGAGACAGGUGAUGCAGUUUGGAAGGAUUGAUGGGAAUGCAUACAUCCUGGACUUUCAGUACCCCUUCUCAGCUGUGCAAGCUUUUGCUGUAGCACUUGCUAAUGUCACCCAGCGCCUCAAGUGAUUGGCAUGAACAUUUUAGCCAAUUAUGCCAUUUCUUUCUUUGCUCUGUUUUUUUUUUUUAAUGUUUUUUUCCCAGUUUAAGAUGCAGUACUAAUACUUGAAACCUUCAUCUGGAAAGCAAUUGCCACAUUUUCCAAGUGUUAGAGGUACUACUGGGCGCUGAAAUCAAUUGCUGUAAAUCAAACGUCAUUACUUUUUUUUUUUGCAUAAGAGAGUAAUGUUUGUCAAACUUUAAGGAGGUCAUAUCUAAACUUGCUUUCAGGGACUUUCCCCUUGGAGUAUAAUUGCUAGCAUCUGAUUGGAUGCUUUUUGGCUUGCAGUCAUAAAAUGUAUUUUAUUAAGAAUUGGUAAGACUGAAUAUCCAGUCUGUAGCUGUAUACUCUAAAUAUUUCUGUUAGGAUGGACUUGCUUUGGCAGACAGAAAACAAUAUAAGCUCAAAGGUGAAACCAUUGAUGCUGUAUUCAUUAGUACUCUAGCUCUUCGAAUGUUUGUAGUGAAUUAUUCCUUAAAUACAUUUUCACUAUUCUUUCAUCCACAAUAUUGUUUUUAUUUGUACUGUCCUGCAUGUCUCAUCGAUUUAUGUUUUACCUUUAUGUAAACUCUUCCUGAUUGUGCAUCUCCUUCAUGGUAAGAAACAGGAAGUUAAGAUGUGCAAAGACGGAGCGUUUGCUACAUAAAGCCUUUUAAUGGGCCUGCAGAUAAUGGUGACCACAUUUCUUGUUGGGUUAAAUGCUUUUGAAAGGGCUAGACAGUAUUUGUGAUGGGAACCAUUACAGCAUAAAAUACAUUGUGUGUAUGUGUAUAUAUGUGUCUGUCUUAUGUCCCUUGUAAAGGAUAAUCCAAACACAAAGGUUAGUUUUCUUUUCGGGGUUAAUUUGGUCCGUCACCAGGAUUUCUCUCCGGAAACUAUCCAGAUGUUGAAUUGAGAAAAAAUGUUAGUGUUGUUUAAAACAAAAGUUUAUUUAUUUAUUUAUGUCUUUGUUUAUUGUGCAAUAUUGUUAAGACUAAUGCUUUACUGUAGUUAAGCGGUUCACAAUUUCGCAUCCGUAUGGAAAAUGAAUGACAUUUAGUCCGCCUUUUGUAAGUGUGAACGUUUUGAUUUAUGUGAAAACAAUUCUUCAGCUUGAUGUUGUAUAUAACGUGGAUGAUGCUGAAUAUGUGUUGAAUUGUUUGUGGA